AAAAAAAAGUAAUCCUCUCAGGGACAGGACCUGUCACCAUUUCGACAUUGUUCUGUAUUUUUCCUGUAUGUGUUGAAAUCAUACUCUCUACGUUUUUUUUUUUCUCAGCAUAAUAAAAUUUUCUCCAGUCCAUCAAAAACUUAACAAAUGUCACAGGAAAUAUUUUACCAUGUAGAUUUACAGUUUACUCAUUGGAGCCCCUGCUUGCAGAAGUCUGGGUUGCUUCUACUUGGCAUCACUGCGUGACAAGUUGUCAGGUUUGAAUGCACUUGUAUAUAGGGGUUUUUCUCUACCUUUAUAUGAUUUUCUUAGCCUAGAGCAGUGGAGGGCAAACUUUUUCUGUAAAGGGCCAGAUAGUAAAUACUUCGGGGUUUGCAGGCCAAGCUAUCUCUGUCAGUAUCACUUUGUAACAAAGAGGCAGCUGUGGACACUACAUAAAUGAUGGGUGUGGCCAUGUUCCAGUAAAACUGCAUUUGUAGAACCAGGUGGCAGGUUGGAUUUGGCCCAUUGGGCCUUACAGCUUGCCCACCCCGACCUAGAUUCCUGCCAGAGAUGUUGCUGGCUCUAGGCUGUGAAGAGUUUUAAGAUGGAUAAGAUUUUCACCAGCUGCUUUCCCCAGGAGUAACGCUGGCUGCCCUGGGGCUGUUCUGCAGAUGUUGUGGGCUCCAGCUUGGGUUUGGGAGGAGACGUGUGUCUGUGGGCUAGCAGUCCGGCCCUCUGAGCCUGGAGAAUGGAUGGAGCAGAGAUGCUUGUUCCACAGCUGAACCCACAAGGAAGUGUGCGGAAAGCACUAGCCCCUGAGGUCAGGCCGGGCUCUGGGCUGCCUGCUUUUCCUCCCGCCUCACAGCUCCAGUGGUGCCUCAAGGGAGCAGGGCUGCAGCCCUGUGGCAGCUGGGUGGCUUGACAGAAGGGUGGCAGGAAGAUGCCUUGGUUUCUCCAGUGAUGGAGCAGCCCUGGGGCAGACACGUGUGGUCUCCACACCCUGUGAAUAUUCUGUAGCUGCCGCACAAAUCAGCUGCCUAGGGCAUGGCCCUGGAGAGGGAGGAAGGAAGCUGUGGGGCCCAGGGCAAGCUGGGGCCACUUCUGUCAGAGCUCACCCAGGCUGCCCCACCAGCACUCCACCCUGGGCUGCAGCACCAGGCAAGCUGUCGGAGGUGCAGAUGUCUGAGGUUUGAUGUGGGUCAUUUCCUGUGGAGCAGCCAGAGGCACCACCCCUCCCCAGAGCUCACGGCCCAGCCGGAGCCCCCAGCGUGGUUGAAUCUGGUUCUGACGGGGCUUCGAAGGGACAGAUCAGGAGUUGGGCAUGUCUCCCGGGGUCCUGCCAUGUUCCGUGUUCAGAGGCAGCCAGGACAAGCAGCUGCGGAUCUUUGACCCCAGAGCUAAGCCUGAGGUCUCCCAGAGCACACAAGCCCAUGAGAACAGCAGGGAUGGCCGGCUAGUGUGGACGGGCACCCAGGAGCACCUUGUGUCCACCGGCUUCAACCAGAUGCGUGAGCGUGAAGUGAAGCUCUGGGAUACCCGGCUCUUCUCUAGUGCCCUCACCUCGCUCACCCUGGACACCUCUCCCAGGUCUCUGAUGCCCCUGCUGGACCUAGACUCCGGGCUCCUGGUCCUGGCAGGAGAGGGCGAGAGUCAGCUGUACUGCUACGAGGUUGCCCCCCAGCAGCCGGCACUGAUCCCAGUGACCCAGUGCCUCCUGGAGAGCGCGCUGCGAGGGGCAGCCCUUGUGCCCCGGCGGGCACUGGCUGUCAUGGGUUGUGAGGUGCUCCGAGUCCUGCAGCUGAGUGACACGGCCAUCAUGCCCAUCAGCUACCACGUGCCCCGCAAGGCUGUGGAGUUCCACGAGGACCUAUUCCCGGACACUGCAGGCUGUGUGCCUGCCUCUGACCCCCAUGCCUGGUGGGCUGGGGACAACCGGCAGGUGCAGAGGGUCAGUCUCCACCCAGCCCGCCGGCCCCACCCCAGCUUCACUUCCUGCUUGGUGCCCCCUGCAGAGCCCACCCCUGAUGCAGCCCAGCCUGCAGAGACGCCUGUGGGUGACUCGGACCCCAGCGAGGGCUUCUCCUCCCCACCCAGCUCGCUGACCUCGCCCCCCACGCCCUCCAGCCUGGGGCCCUCGCUCUCCAGCACCAGCGGCAUUGGCACUAGCCCCAGCCAGAGGUCCCUGCAGAGCCUGCUGGGCCCCAGUUCCAAGUUCCGGCACGCUCAGGGCACUGUCCUGCACCGAGACAGCCACAUCACCAACCUCAAGGGGCUCAACCUCACCACGCCUGGCGAGAGCGACGGCUUCUGUGCCAACCGGCUGCGUGUGGCUGUGCCCCUGCUCAGCAGCGGAGGACAGGUGGCUGUGCUCGAGCUGCAGAAGCCCGGCCGUCUGCCGGACACAGCGCUGCCCACGCUGCAGAAUGGUGCAGCCGUGACUGAUCUGGCCUGGGACCCUUUUGACCCCCACCGCCUUGCCGUGGCCGGGGAGGACGCCAGGAUCCGGCUGUGGCGGGUGCCCCCAGAGGGCCUGAAGGAGGUGCUCACCAUACCCGAGGCUGUGCUCACAGGCCACACAGAGAAGAUCUAUUCUCUGCGCUUUCACCCGCUGGCGGCUGACGUGCUGGCCUCCUCUUCCUAUGACCUCACUGUUCGGAUCUGGGACCUUCAGGCUGGAGCCGAGCGGCUGAGACUACAGGGCCACAGGGAUCAGAUCUUUGGCCUGGCCUGGAGUCCCAAUGGGCAGCAGCUGGCCACUGUCUGCAAGGACGGGCACUUGCGGAUCUACGAGCCCCGGAGUGGCUCUGAGCCUCUGCAGGAAGGCCCAGGGCCCGAGGGGGCCCGUGGAGCCCGCAUUGUCUGGGUGUGUGAUGGUCACUGUCUCCUGGUGUCUGGCUUUGACAGUCGAAGUGAGCGUCAGCUACUCCUGUAUUCGGCUGAGGCCCUGGCCGGUGGUCCCUUGGCUGUGCUGGGGCUGGAUGUGGCUCCCUCGACCCUGCUGCCCUGCUACGACCCGGAUACCAGCCUGGUGCUGCUCACAGGCAAGGGUGACACCCGCGUGUUCCUGUAUGAGCUGCUACCCGAGGCUCCCUUCUUCCUGGAGUGCAACAGCUUCACGUCUCCCGACCCCCAUAAGGGCUUCAUCCUCCUGCCCAAGACAGAGUGCGAAGUACAGGAAGUGGAGUUUGCCCGAUGCCUGCGACUUCGCCAGACCUCCCUGGAGCCUGUUGCCUUCCGGCUGCCCCGAGUCAGGAAAGAAUUCUUCCAGGAUGACGUGUUCCCAGACACAGCCGUGAGCUGGGAGCCAGUGCUCAGUGCUGAGGCCUGGCUGGGAGGCGCUAACGGGCAGCCCCGGCUUCUCAGCCUGCAGCCGCCAAGCAUGACUCCAGUGAGCCAGGCCCCGCGUGAAGCUCCUGCCCGGCGGGCCCCACCCUCAGCACUCUACCUAGAGGAGAAGUCAGACCAGCAGAAGAAGGAAGAGCUGCUGAGUGCCAUGGUGGCGAAGCUGGGGAGCCGGGAGGACCCUCUCCCACAGGAUUCCUUCGAAGGUGUGGACGAGGACGAGUGGUUCCGGUCAAGGGCUUACGGGGCUGGCCCCCCGCCAGGCCGCUUGGAGCAGCACCAGCCUCAGGGGCCUGGGACCAGUCACUCUGCUCCCCAAGCUUGAAGCCAGGAGGAAUAUAGGCAUCACAGAGAUGAUAGCCCAAUUGGCAGGGUGGUGUGAGCCCUGCAGGGACCACCAGCCUGCAUGUGCCCUUGAUGUUUUCAGCAAUUAAACUUUUCUAAGCUGGC